CCAGUACAAGUUUUAGUACAACCUGGAUUUGAGGCAGCAGCGGCGGAGCAAUCCCAUCCAGUAAUAUCUUGGAGUGUGCAAGUACCAGUGGUGGAAAUGGAAGUAAUUGUACAAGGAAAGCAAGAGACAGGAGCACGCUUGUCCAAAGGAUUAGCAGGUGAAACUGCUACUGGAGACGCUGAAACAACGAAAAGAAAAAUUGAGAGGACCAAGAAGAGCUUGAGACCCAUUGGAUUCUAA